GAAAAUUGAAGCCGUACCAUCAAGAAGCAGAAACCACAACCCAUUGAAAAAGAUACGCAGCAGUACCGCAGACGUGCUGGUUAUAUGUAAGCAAUAGUGUAAAGAUCGCCAACCAGGAUGUCUUAUCCGAUCGAAAAAGUACCCCCGGCUACUGACACCCCCGCCGAGGCAUCAGAUGUGGAGAGAUGCAAGGCAAAGAAGAGUCCCCAACCAACUCCAGAGCCUACACUCGAGCGCCAGAAAUGGUAUCAAUGGUUUGCGCCCUCAGACACCCCAGCCGAACGGCGUCUGAUACUCAAGCUGGAUGGGCUGAUCAUCGUCUUUCUCUUUCUGGCUCAUUGGGCGAAAGUCUUGGAUUCUUCGGCGACGAGUACUGCCUAUGUGAGUGGCAUGAAGGAGGACCUCAGCUUAUAUGGCAAUCAACUCAAUUACUUGAAUACGGUGUAUAUGGUUGGAUUCAUCACCAUGCAGAUUCCUCUAACGUUGGCGAUGACCCGCUGCCCGGUGAACUAUUUCCUUCCCGCGGCGGACUUGCUCUGGGGGGUGUUUACCCUCGCUCAGUACAAGGCAAGCAAUGUGACCCAGCUUUAUGCACUGCGCUUCUUUGUCGGAGCACUGGGUGGCUUCUUCUUCCCCGCUGUUCAAUGGUACCUAGGCAGUUGGUACAAGCGGUCUGAACUCGCGCGUCGUGGCGCGAUCUUCUUUAUCGCAAGCCAGGUGGGCAGUAUGAGCUCGGGGUAUAUUCAAGCCGGUGCCUAUGCGCGACUGGAUGGCCGGUAUGGGAUUGAAGGAUGGAGAUGGUUGUAUAUCAUUUGUUUCGCUUGCACGAUUCCGAUCGCUUUUCUAGGCCUCUGUCUACUACCCAGUACACCAGAACGGUGCAACUCUCGCUAUCUGACCGAGGAAGAAAUUCGCCUGGCGCAAGAGCGCAUGGCGGCCGAGCACCGCGAGCCACGCCAGCCAUUCACCAUCCCCAGGAUCAUCACAAUUCUGAAAGGAUGGCGCCUCUGGGUUCUUGUCGGAUUUGCCUUCUUCUUCUCCCAAGCGGACGGAGUCUCUUCUAAUAGCGGAUUAUCCCUCUGGCUAAAAGAAGAAAGAUAUUCCGUCGAAGCUAUCAACACAAUCACCACCGUGUCGCCGGCCGUCACUAUCGCCGCCUCGAUUGUGUGUGGUGUGAUAUCGGAUAUUUACGACGCGAAAGUCUCCUUGAUUGCCAUAACUGCAUUUCUUAACAUCUUUGCCUGUUUAGUACUUGCUAUAUGGAACGUUCCACUGGGACUUAAAUUCUUCGCAUUUUUCUUGUCGGGGACGGCAAAUGGUAUUGCGGCGAUUAUUUAUGCUUGGGCAAACGAGAUCUGCUCACGCAGCGCGGAGGAACGAGCGUUGGUCAUUAGCGCGAUGAAUACCAUUGGGAAUACGUUUGGGGCUUGGAUUCCGCUUUUUGUCUGGAAGACAGUUGAUGCACCCAGGUAUCUGAUUGGGUAUAACUGGAACUUGGCACUCGAUGUCUGCAUGCUGAUCAUGUUGUUUGUAUUGCGGUACUUCUGGGUGAGGGAGCAGAGGCUGGGUAGGGUAUGAAGCGGACUUGAAGAUGGCUAUUUACCCCUUUUGACGAUAUAGAGGGGAUAGAACUUG